GCUCUUUCGCGACAGUGUCGUGGCUCUCAAGAUCCAAGAUGGCGGCGCCGGCGAUGCUGAGACCGAGCGUCGGGAUGGAGGCGCGGUGCCCGGACUGGACCCAGCAGGCCGUCACCACCGGGACAACCAUCAUGGCUGUGGAGUUUGACGGUGGGGUCGUCAUCGGCGCUGACUCCAGGACCACCACGGGUUCGUACAUUGCCAACCGCGUCACGGACAAGCUGACGCAGAUCCACGACCACAUUUUCUGCUGCCGUUCGGGCUCCGCUGCCGACACCCAGGCCAUCGCGGAUGCUGUUACGUACCAGCUGGGCUUCCACAGCAUUGAACUGGACGAGCGUCCGCUGGUGCAUACAGCCGCCAGCCUCUUCAAGGAGAUGUGCUACCGCUACCGAGAGGACCUCACGGCCGGGAUCCUCGUGGCCGGCUGGGACAAGCGCAAAGGGGGACAGGUGUAUUCUGUCCCCAUGGGGGGCAUGAUGGUCCGCCAGCCCUUCUCCAUUGGGGGCUCCGGCAGCUCCUACAUCUACGGCUUCGUCGACGCCACUUACAAGCCGGGCAUGAGCAAGGAGCAGUGUCUGAGCUUUGCGGCCAACGCCCUCGCCCUGGCCAUGGACCGCGACGGCUCCAGCGGGGGGGUCAUCCGCCUGGCGGCCAUCACCAAGGACGGCGUGGAGCGCAAGGUCAUCCUCGGAAACGACCUGCCCCGGUUCUCCACCCUCUGAGAAGCAGCGGGGGGGACGGGACGGGAAGCGCCAGGUCUUUGGCAGGAAGCAGAGGGGUUUGGGGAUUCCGUAUUUUGUUCUGCUGUCAGAUUGGCUUGAUGCUGCAUUAAAAUUAUGGGAGUUGAAA